AUGGGUGACGAGCACGCUUCUCCAGAAAUGGACCACGAUGGGGCCGAUCAGUUCCAGAAUGGCAAAGAUCGUGAGCAAGACUUCGACCAGGACAGCGGCGACCACGGCAACGGCUUCGCGCCUCCAGCAUUUCGGGGACGUGGCGGGUUCCGCGGACGUGGUGGCUGGAGCGGACCUCCGCGAGGUGGCCCCGAAGACGACUUUGAGCCGCCAUAUGGCGGACCACCACAAGGAGGCUUCCGUGGCGGCUAUCGAGGUGGACACGGCGGUCCCGGUGACGAGUUCUCAGGCCCUCCUGGAGGAUUCAGAGGUCGCGGUGGUUUCCGUGGCGGUCCUGGAGGAAUCCCCUUCACAUCUCGUCCAGCAAAUGGCCCACCCGGCGGCCCACCUGGCCCAUGGCGCGGAGGCCCUCCCGGUGGACCCGGCGGCCCGCCUGGCCCCUUCCGCGGUGGCCCUCCCGGUAUGAUGCGAGGUCGUGGAGGGUAUUUCUUCCAUCCACCGGUCACUAUUACGCCUUCAGAUCGUUUGAAAAAGUUGGCUGGCUGCUUGCCUACAGAAGAAGUCUGGGUGGAGACGCAAUCGCCUGAGGGAAAGCCGUACUUCUUCCACGCCGUCACUCGCGAGACUGCAUGGGAGCGACCGGAGAAUGCGAAACUGGUAACCCAGGAGGAGUUAACCGACCUCCUCACCCGUGCCACCGAAGAGGAAAAGGCCGAACGUGAGCGUGCUGGUCCUCCGAUGAUGCCUCCUGGCCCUGGCGGCCAUGGAUUCCCGCCCAUGGGCGGCCCUCCUGGCGGCUAUCCGCCCCCUGGCAAGAUCGACGAGGCUUGGCAAGAAUUCACAGCUCCUGACGGACGCAAAUACUACUUCAACCAGAUCACCCAAGAGAACACAUGGGAGAAGCCGAAGGCGCUCAAGGUCCGCGAAGCUAAUUUCGGCAUGCCAACGGAAAUGGACGAAGCCACAUUGGCCGCUAGGGAGAAGGCUCAGCAAGCUCUGGCCGAAGUGCAACUUCGCCUUGCUGAGGCAGCCAAGAACAAAGAAGAGCGUGCUCCCUUAACUCAAGUUUCUACCAAGCAGAACCAGGACAAGUCGCGCCCGGUCACCAGCACCCCAAUUUCCGGCACGCCGUGGUGCGUGGUGUGGACGGGGGACACCAAGGUCUUCUUCUACAACCCGUCGACUCGCACGUCUGUCUGGGAGCGGCCACCGGAUCUCUAUAAUCGUGCCGACGUGGAUGAGCUCAUUUCCAAACCGCCGAAGGUGGAAAAACAAAUUCCCCCGGCUACUGAAGCUCCUCUCAUGUCGCCUGGUACCGAGGAGAGUGAUGAUGACGAGGGAACCGGGCCAACGCCUGCCAAGAAGAGUCGGAAAGAGAAGAAGCGGGAAGCCGAGCUGCGAAAGCAACUGGCUGCUCAGGAGGCAGCAAAGGCUGCGAAGCAACCCGUACGCCAGAUGCUCGAGAAGGAGCCGGAUCCGGCGAUCCAAGCCGAACUGGAGGCCCAGCGCAAGAGGAACCAGGUUCCGCUGGAGGAGCGCCUCAAACAAUUCAAGGAAAUGCUCGUCGAAAAGGAUAUCGCUACCAACAGCACUUUUGAGAAGGAGCUGUCAAAAAUUGUCUUUGACGGACGUUACUUGCUGCUGUCCGCCAACGAGCGUCGCGCUGCUUUUGAAGCUUUUGUCAAGGAGAAAUCUGAGAAGGAGCGUGCCGAGAAGAAGAAACGUGCGAAGGAGGCCAAAGACAAGUUCCAAGAGUUGCUUCAGGAGGCUGAGCUACAUGGAAAGUCCUCGUUCUCAUCUUUCUCGUCCAAGUUUGGCAAGGACCCGCGCUUCAAAGCUGUCGAGAAGAUGCGUGACAGGGAGGACAUGUUCAACGAGGUCGUAGGUGAGAUCCACAAGAAAGAGAAGGAGGAACGACGCGAAAAGAAGGAAAAGGCGAAGAAAUCCUUCCUCGAACUCCUGGGAGAGCAAGGAGGACUGACCCGCAAGUCGAAAUGGAAGGAAGUGAAGAAGGGGAUCGAAGAGGAUGAACGCUACAAAGACAAGCACCUGGACAGCUCGGCCCGAGAAGCACUGUUCAAGGAAUACACCGACAAGCUUGGUGAUGAGACACUUUCCGACCAAGAGGAAGAGCAGGCUCGCGAGAAGCGUCUUGCUACCGAGGCUGCCUUGGCCAGACGUCAAGAGGAGGUCGAAGCUGAACAUGGCGACCAAAUGCAAGAGAGAAGAAAGGAGUUGGAGCGCCACAAGCGUGAAGAGCACGAACAGAACUUCCGGGCCAUCUGCAGCGAUUUGAUAAAAUCCGCCGAUGUUUCAUGGCAUGACGGCAAACGCACCCUCCGCAAGGACAACCGCUACGAGGAUUGCGACAUGUUGGACAAGGGCGAAAAGGAGAAGAUUUUCGGAGAGCACAUCAAGGCACUUGACAAGAAGCGCAGAGAAGCAUUCAAGAAACUCCUUAGCGACCACGAGACCAUCAACCAAAAUAUGCGAUGGAAAGAGGCCCGCAAGGUUAUCGAGAAGGAAGAAAUUUUCCAAAAGUGCCUCGGCCAACUUUCUGAGAGGAAAAUUGAGCGAGAGUUCCGUGAUUGGGUGGAGGAGCGACACGAGAAGUCGAUCAAGGACUUCAAGGACCUGCUCAAGGAGACGCCCAUCAUCACCUACGAAAGCAAGAAAAAGAUGGAGGAGAACGAGCAGCACUUGAAGGAUAUUUUGGCCGUUCUGGAGAAAGACAAACGUUACCUGUUGAUGAAGGACUCUGGUUCCGAGCGGGAUCGUAUCCUUGAAGAUUAUGUCGACAAGCUGGCGCGAAGCGGGCCGCCUCCACCACCCACUGCACAAGAGGGACGACGC